AUGACUUCCAUAUCGGCACGACCUGGAACAUUGGUUGAAUCUUCCGGCUAUAUGGGGGUAAAGGAUGCCUUGAAAUGGAAAGAUAUUGAAUUAUAUAUAGUGAGACAUCCCGAAGAUCCUACGUGCCAGGUUCUCCUUAUGAGAGUCACACAGAGACUUAACAAAGGCAAGAGGAACAAAGACGUACCACCUUUUUUCACCUACACAGAACGGAACGAUAACCUGGGUCUUUGUGUUAUUCAGGAUAUUCUCGAGUAUGUCUUUCUCGCAAAUGCGUUUGCCAGUGAGCAUAUUAAAUGUCCCCGGGACAUUUGGAACCUCACAAAGAUUCCGGAACACCGGCUUAGUACCCCUAUUCACUUCAAAGAGGCUAUCAAAAAAAUUCCAAUAUUCAGAAGAGCUAUGAAGAAUAAAGAAGUUAGCUUAGCUGGGUCCAAAGAAAAAGGGACCCCAUACAAAUAUCGGAAAGGGGCUGCUAGCGAUUUAAGGCAUCUGGACGAACAAUCAAGGAAUGUCAUUAUGGGCCACCAACGGAGCGGCACAUUCGCCCACUAUGUCUCUGUUAUAAAUGAUAAUCAAUCAGCCUUUAUGGAGACACCCGCCAGAGAUGCUUUGCUUAAGCUUGCUUGCAACUCAAGCCUCACACGGGAUGCAUCCGCCCCUCAGGAUCUCACAGACCCACAAAAGAGGUCUCUUGAAAACGACCAGGAGCUCGAUCAAUUGAAGCGAGAAUGUCAAGGACUUCGGAACGACCUGAUUGCAGAAUUUCGUCAACUGAAUAAAGCAAGAUGUGCUCACGCCGGGCGAUAUAAUGCCCGAAGGAAGAAAAUUCACGACAAGGCGAAAGAAAAUGCCCGCAACCAAGUUUUUGAGAAUAUUGGGAACAAUAUCAUCGAUCAGAAAUAUCAGGGCAACCCUGUGAAAUUCGAACCGGACACGCCGCAUAUACAGCCGGAAAGAAGGGAGCUCGCGGAACUUGAAUUCAAGAACAGAGAUAUUGAAGACCGUAUCCGGUCACUAGAGCUACGACUACGACUUCACGGACUCCAUGUGCCGAAGGCCUUGCAAAAGCGAGUAAAGUUUGAGUCCAUGCCCGCUAUCAAGUCUGAACCGCAAUCAUUCCCAAUGAAGAGCGCCACUGGCCUUGAAUGUCCAGUGUGCUUAGGGGUCACCGACAUACACCCCGCAGCAAAGCAAUUUGAAUAUUCUCGGAAGGACGCGCUGCAAAAGCAUUUCAGGACCCAUAAGCUUCCACAAAUAUUUCUAAAGGGUCGUCAGUGCGAUAUCCCUGGCUGUUCAAAAGUGCUGUUAAGGCUUCCGGAGUACAUGCUGCACCAAGCGAAGUGCCACAAAAUCAUCCUUUGGAGCGGAUCGGUGCAAUCUCGUUGUUUUUCUAUCAUCGUUGAAAUGAGGCUGAAUGUGAAAGCCGCCGGGGCAUGA